UUCUGUGGUAUUUUUUGCUGUAACUUCAUAUAUAGUUUCUUCUGGGAUAAAAAAGUGCAAAUUUAAAGAAGUUUGAAGAGUCUUCUUAGAGUUCUUGAAGAGGUCUUGACCUAUAAACCUUCUUGAAACUAAAAAUUCAACAUACCAAAUUUCCCUCUAUUUUUAGAAGUCCCUAUCCAGCUCCUUCUCUCUCCUUAGUAAGUUGCUAAAGCUGAUACAGCACUCAAAAUACCUGCAUAUAUGGGGUGACUGUUAUUUUAAGGAUUUAGUAAGUCAGUUGUACUUUUAUUUGUGGCUGAUAACUUCAUAUUUGUGAAGAAUUUGUAGCAAAAUAGUUUUAAUGUACUUUGCUGUAAAAGGAAAGUUUUCAAGCAAUGAGUAUCCUUUACUACAUUUCCCAUGAAUUUAUGUCAGUUGGUUCAUUUCUCAGCUUGCAGUAAAUCAAAAGAGUAAUUUGAGUAAAAUUUCAAUGACUGAUAAUUUUUGAAUCGAUUAAAGUAAUCACUGAUCCUAA